AUGAUGAUGAGUAUUCGCGGCUUAAGGGAGGUCCGAUCCCUAAUACAAGAAGCCCAUCAUAUAGUAGUAAUCACAGGGGCUGGGGUUAGCGCUGAGAGUGGGAUACCGACCUUUCGAGGACCAGGAGGAGGAGGGCUCUGGCAGGAAUAUGAUGAUCCUACUCGGUUAGCAACUCCAGAGGCAUUUGCAGCGAACCCGUCACUAGUGUGGGAAUUCUAUGAAUAUCGCCGUAAGGUGGUAGCUGCUGCCUCACCAAAUACAUGCCAUAUGUGGUGUGCUGAACUACAGAAGAUUAAAGAGAAUGAUGGGAAGGACUUCACCCUAAUGACUCAAAACGUUGAUAGACUACACCAAGCUGCCGGUAGUCAUAACAUUAUCGAGCUUCAUGGUUCACUUUGGCUAGUAAAGAAGAGCAGUGAUGCUGCCCACACUCAUACUUUUAUAGAGGAUGGUGUCAAUGUAUGGGAGGAUCGUAACGUGCCUAUCACUCCCGCCUUUGCUAAUAUAGACCAGCCCCCCGAUCAUCAUCAUCAUAUUACAGUUCCUAUUGGAGAGUUACCACAUAGAGAUGGCAGAUUACUACGACCAGCUGUAGUUUGGUUUGGUGAGGCACUUGAUAAGGAUACACUCGCUUCGGCUAACAAAGCUAUGAGUUCUUGUGAUCUCUUACUUGUCCUUGGAACAUCUAGUGUUGUCUAUCCAGCUGCUGGGUUUGCUGACACUGCAUUGAAGAGGAAUAUUCCACGACAGAGCUACUUAUAG